CACCAUCGGCAUUCUGAUUUUUGACUGUCUUGCAGCCUUCUCUCAAAAUUUUCAGAAGUGAAAACGUGGAAACUGGAAAGACGACACCCAACUAUUCCUUGGCAAUAACACAAACAAAGAAGACGUACGAACUCAGAGACUCCCUGGAUAUGGAGGAGCCACACGAGACUAGCUGAAGGCUUAACCAAACGAGCCGGAAUAUAUUUUCCUCAUCGGCCGUUGCCUUCCCCGGAUCCAGUCUCCUGUGACCUCUCCCUUUCUCUCCUCCGUCUCUUCGCGGUCGUGAAGAAGGGGAACACCAGCAAGCACGAAAUUCGAAUCGAGGAAGGGAAAGAUGUGGGUCUUUUACCUGAUCUCGUUGCCUCUAACCCUCGGUAUGGUCGUCUCUACGUUGAGAUACUUCGCCGGGCCAGAGGUGCCGCGUUACGUUCUCUUCACUGUCGGAUACACCUGGUUUUGCUCCCUCUCCAUCAUCAUUCUCGUUCCCGCAGAUAUCUGGACGACUAUGUUUGGGUUCGAAACAGGCGCAAUCUCUUUCCUCUGGAGCUGGUCGUAUUGGAGUACUUUCUUACUUACUUGGGGUUUAGUGCCCCUUAUUCAGGGUUUCGAAGAUGCUGGAGACUUUACUAUGACUGAAAAGUUGAAGACCAGCAUACAUGCUAACUUAAUCUUCUAUCUGAUUGUUGGAUCUGUUGGCCUCUUUGGACUUAUUCUUCUAAUAAUGAUGGACAAGAUAAGGACUAAUGGUGUGCUUGGUUUUGCUAUGGCGUGCUCAAAUACUUUUGGACUUGUGACAGGUGCAUUUCUUCUUGGUUUUGGUUUGAGUGAGAUUCCAAAGACUCUGUGGAGAAACGCAGAUUGGACUAUACGACAAAAGGUUCUUUCUCAUAAGAUUGCAAAAAUGGCUGUGAAACUUGAUGAUGCCCAUCAGGAAUUUUCCAAUGCCAUUGUGGUCGCUCAAGCAACAUCAAAUCAGAUGUCCAAGCGUGAUCCUUUGCGACCCUACAUGGAUGUCAUUGACAAUAUGCUGGCUCAGCUGUUUAGGCAAGAUCCAUCUUUUAAGCCUCAAGGUGGUCGACUGGGGGAAAAUGAUAUGGACUAUGACACAGAUGAGAAAUCAAUGGCAACACUCAGGCGUCAUCUUCGACGAGCUCGAGAUGAAUAUUAUCGUUACAAAAGUGAAUACAUGACAUUUGUCUUGGAAGCUCUUGAACUCGAAGAUGCAAUUAAAAACUAUGAACGCAGAAACUCAACUGGAUGGAAAUACAUGUCCAGCUUCAGACCUGCUAGAAGUGGGACACUGGGUUCAUUGGUGGAUACCAUAGAAUUUCUUUGGAGAUGCGUACUGAGGAAGCAACUUGAGAAGCUCUUGGCUAUUAUACUUGGCACCAUGUCAGCUGCAAUUCUCUUAGCUGAGGCAACACUUGUAAUUACUGGCGUUGAUUUGUCACUUUUUUCUAUCCUUAUUAAAUCUGUUGGACGGCAAGAACUUUUUGUACAGGUCUCAGCUCUUGUGCCUUUGAUGUAUAUGUGCAUCUGCACAUAUUAUUCAUUAUUCAAAAUUGGAAUGUUGAUGUUCUAUUCACUAACUCCCCGACAAACAAGUUCUGUGAGCUUGCUUAUGAUAUGCUCGAUGGUUGCUCGAUAUGCUCCUCCAAUUUCAUACAACUAUCUUAACCUCAUUAAUCUCGGUGAUAAGGAUACGGUAUUUGAAAAGCGAAUGGGGAAGAUUAAUGACGCUGUUCCCUUUUUUGGAGUUGGCUUCAACAGAAUCUAUCCACUUUUCAUGGUUCUCUACACUCUGCUGGUCGCAAGCAACUUCUUCGACCGUUUACUAGGUUUCUUUGGCAAUUGGAAGAGGUUUAUGAUACAGAUGGCUUUGAUCCUUCAGGACUAAUUAUUCUUCAGAAGGAAAGAUUGUGGUUAGAACAAGGACAGGGAGUCGGUGAGCAUGUUGUCCCAUUAGCGAGGAACUUUAACGGCAUGGAUGUUGAGUCUGCCAGCAACAACAUGGAUAAGACAACGGUGGAAAUGAAGUCUACAAGCAAUUUGAUCACCGAUGACAAAGCGGGAGGUUCAUUGAAUAGAGUUUCAAAGGAAGAGACUCGUCGAUACAAUCCGAGCAGAGAAGCUCUUAGCAGUAAGUAUGCUGCGGUUAGACAGCAGAGUAGACUUUCCAACCUGAGGCCAGUGGAGAAGAACAUAGCUUCCGCUAAGGUGUCAUUGCUUGAUGCAGGGAACUCAGAUUCCGACAACACAACUCGAGGGGGGAUGUCUUCAUCUUCAUCUGGUCUUACUGCUAGGUGGGAGUCAAUGAAGAACGGGUUUCAGACCUUCAAAGCCAAUAUAGAGGCAAAGGGAUUUCUUCCUCUAAGGCAGACACAUGAACCUUCAAAGCUCGUCUCCCACGAUUCAUCGCCCGAGAGUCUCGACGAGAUAUUCCAGAGAUUAAAGCGACCGUCCGUUGAUGAUCCUGGAAGUCUGAGUGGCGAGGAUGAUGCUGCCGGGACCACCAGAUGAUUGCAAAAUCCACGGAAGCCGAAUCCAAUGUAGCAACCGAAUUUCUGUGUACAGAUGAAAAGGUGACUUAUCAAACUAAUACACAAUUUGUUUUCCUUUUUUCACUGAUGUGUCCUUGUAGGCUGUAUGGUGGCUGAAUAUGUCCCGGAAGACCGGAAACAAAUGGUAGAGAGAGAAGUUGUAGAAAUAGGAGAUAUUAUUUUGCUGUUGAGGAGACCAUAGUUGAAUUGAAUUUUUAGUGUAGAUGGCAGAGCCAAAUUUUGGGGUGAUUUGGAAGAGAUGUAGCUGUUGGAAACAGGAAUGUGGUGGACGUUAUUGUAGUGUGUACUGCACGAAAAACAUUGUUGUCUGCCAGAGUCUGAAGUCGAUAUUCCCUUUUUCAUGAAAUGUUGAAUUGACUGGAACCCUUAUCUGUGCGAAUCUAAUACAAGGGUCAGCAGAUCAUUGUAGGAGUCUUUUCUUUUGUCAUGAAGCUUCUCCAACUGAACAGUUAAGCAUACUACCAAAAAUUGUUUAGGCAACUUUUCCCUGUAACUGUAACCAGACUUAAGGUUCAGGUUGACUGAAACCAUUUAGAACGUUUGACGGUUUGGUUUUGGUCUGUAGGGACACGGAUUUGGAAUACCUUGCACAGUUGCAUCGCAGAAACUAGUUGGAUUUGGAAUACCUUGCCUAGUAACUGGAAUGGCCUGGUUCUCGAUGCUCAGGUCAUUCAUUCAUUUAUUGUUAGAUGUUGAGGUCAUUAAUUCAUUUAUUGUUUUAAAUUAAUUUGAUCUAUGGGUUACACGAGCUUUUAUAUUGUUCUUUCAUCAAUACGAUUGCUGCAAAAAGGAAAUCAAAGACAGGCACUUGAUGACACCACAGCAGCUUAACUAACAAGCCUAUGCAAACCUCAGGGCUGGGCGGCUGGCUCGUUUCUUUAGCUCCAACACCAUCUUCAUUUUCUCAACCAACUCUCUAAAACCUCUAUGUAAGAAACCUGCUUAUUCAGGGCAAUUGAUCAAGAUUGAAGAUGGAAAUUAAGGUUAGGAAUUGAGGAUUGAGAAGAAUUAGAGAAGAAAACUCUAUCACCAUUCACCACCACUAGUGUUGCAAGCCCUUUUUCCUUUCUCUCCCUCUCUCUCAAACUACUUCUCUGCCUUCUCUCUAAUUUUGGCGACCAUGAGACUGCCGUUGGCGUCCCUCCGGUGACCGGCUUGUUCCAGUUCAAGAUGCGAUGGAAGUUGGAUCUGAUACAAAUUCGACGUGGCUUCUCCUCUCCAUUCCUUUGGUCUACCUCCUUGUUUUGCCUUGCAGUUCUUGGCGAUCCGGAGAUGCAGCCCUUGGCGAGGACCUAGUUGGAAGAGCUUGAAGACUGGUGUAUUCUAACUCUUUGUUUCCUCCACCUGUUAUCCAGUUUCUGUUUGGUUCUCGUGGUGGUUCGCGGGAGUGCACAACAAUCGGCUCGGGGUGGGCUGUUCGGUGGUGGCUUUCCUCCUCAUCUCUCCCUCCGGGUGUGGUGGGUAACCGAUCCAUGGUGUUGCUCGCGAUGACGCUUAAUGGGUGGAUGGCUGCAAUUUGUUCGGUGCGAUGGUGGUGCUCAACCACGGCGGUGGAUGAGUUUCGGAGGAGGCACUUAGAGGCUAGGGUUUGGGAGAGACUUAGACUUGUUGUG